GACGGAGAGUGACGGAGAACGAUGGAGAGUGACGGAGAGUGACGGAGAACGACGGAGAGUGACGGAGAACGAUGGAGAGUGACGGAGAACGACGGAGAGUGACGAAGGUAGACGAUGCCUGACGGAGAAGAGCCGAGCGGAGCUGAAGGGCGGUGGAGAGCGACGGAAAGUGGCGAGAAUUGACGGAAAGGGACGGGGACUGACGGACACUGACGAAGCGUCACGGAAAUUAUCCGAAGGCGACAAAGAGGAAGGCAAACUGGUGAGCUGAAGCAGGCCGAGCCUAAUCGGAGAUGACGGAAAGUGACGGAGAGGAACGAGGAGUAAAGAGGGGUGACGAAAAGAGCCGAAGCUGUUGAAGGCCAAGAGCUGAGUGAGGGAAGAGAGCAGAGAUGACGUCAGCUUGAGGGAGUCAUCGUCCCACUGGAAGGUACUUCAGAUGCUAUUUCCUGGAAUCCUUCAGAAUAAACCGCAGCACCACCAAGUGCGAACGCAGGCGUCCCUGGGGGACACCUCCCACCGCCCCCCCAACACACCGGAACACAGGCCUCCGUGAAGAACGAGACACGCGACACACCCCACUGCACACACACAGGCACACACACGCACACAAAACCUAGAACACAGUCCUGGAGGGGCAGCUCCCACCGCACCACACACCCACACACACUCCGACACCCAGCCCUUCUUGAAGGAUAGCACCCACCCACCGCGUCCUCCAGCUCUGCCUUCCCAAGGCCCAGGCGUGUGGUUUUGGCAUUCGUGUUUCUCCGAACCUGUUACUUCUUCUGGCCUGGCCCACCCAGGUCUCCCAGGCAGCCGCUCCGAAGCCCCUGGAAGUCCUCGUGAGUCUCAGGGUGGCCGCCAUCUAAUGACGAGUGUGGUCUCCACGGAUGUUGCUGGAACCUCACGAGGGGGACGGCCACCUCGGGAGGCUCUGCUGUGUGACCACAGGAGGCCGCCGAGCCUUUCUGAGCUGCUAACUCUGCACCUGGGAAGAUGGGCGCCUGGAGACUCCUCCCGGGGGCUGAGGGCCGGUGUCUGCCACUGCCUGGGGGAUCGCAAGAGGCAACCCUGCGUUCCUUCCCAGUGCUGCCAUAGGUUUCCUUGCUUGUGACCAGCUGUGGUGGAGGAUUUGAGGCCACAGAAAUUGGCCAACACCACUAGGCAGCGUUCGUGUCCUUCAGAGACAGCCUGGCCCCGAAACGGAACGUGGAGUGCCCUGGGCCACCGCAGACAUUCAGAGUCCUUGUUCGUGCACCACUUUACUCAUUCUCCCAAGUGUCCUGAGAGACAGUAGACGAGACGCAGACACAGGGGAGGACGCCACGUGGAGACAGAAGCAGAGACUGGAGUGACGCGGCCACAAACCCAGGGAUGCCUGGAGCCCCCAGGAGCUGCGAGAGGCAGGAAGGAGCCUCCCCCGGAGCCUGUGGAGGGAGCACGGCCCUGAGACUCCUGGACCUCAGACCCCUGGUCUCCAGGACGGGGAGCGGAUGAGUCUCUGCGGUCAGUGCACCCUUCUGCCUGGUUUGGGGCCAUCUAUGGUGGCAGCCCCAGCUCAACCGUCCAGCAGUGUCUGCACCCUGGGACGUGCAGGUUGCCCAGGGUUCACCUCCGAUGGGCGGGCAGGUGAGCACUUCCAGCAGCUUCUCCAACCUGCGCUGCAGAAAUGCCAACGAGGACUGGAUGUCGGCACUGUGUCCCCGGCUCUGGGAUGUGCCCCUCCACCACCUCUCCAUCCCAGGGAGCCACGACACCAUGACCUACUGCCUGAACAAGAAGUCCCCCAUUUCGCACGAGGAGUCCCGGCUGCUGCAGCUGCUGAACAAGGCCUUCCCCUGCAUCACGCGCCCCGUGGUGCUGAAAUGGUCCGUCACCCAGGCGCUGGACGUCACGGAGCAGCUGGAUGCCGGGGUGCGGUACCUGGACCUGCGGAUCGCUCACAUGCUGGAAGGCUCGGAGAAGAAUCUGCACUUCGUCCACAUGGUGUACACAACGGCCCUGGUGGAGGACACGCUCACGGAAAUCUCGGAGUGGCUGGAGCGGCACCCGCGUGAGGUGGUCAUCCUGGCCUGCAGGAACUUCGAGGGGCUGAGCGAGGACCUGCACGAGUACCUGGUCGCCUGCAUCAAGAAUAUUUUUGGGGACAUGCUGUGUCCUCGUGGGGAGCUCCCGACGCUGCGGCAGCUGUGGUCCCGGGGCCAGCAGGUCAUCGUCUCCUAUGAGGACGAGAGCUCCCUGGGCCGGCACUGCGAGCUGUGGCCAGGAAUCCCUUACUGGUGGGGAAACACGGUGAAGCCCGAGGCCCUCCUCCGAUACCUGGAGACCAUGAAGAGCUGCGGCCGCCCAGGAGGGUUGUUCGUGGCCGGCACCAACCUCACGGAGAACCUGCAGUACGUUCUGGCACACCCGUCCAAGUCCCUGGAGAAGAUGACGCUGCCCAACCUUCCCCGGCUGAGCGCGUGGGUCCGAGAGCAGCGCCCGGGGCCGGGCUCACGGUGCACCAACGUCAUCGCGGGCGACUUCAUCGGAGCCGACAGCUUCGUCGGGGACGUCAUCGCUCUCAACCAGAAGCUGCUUUGGUGCUGACGUGGGGGUUCAGGACGCGGGGGCUGAAGUUUCACCCCCAACUUUCCAAGUAUCGUGACUUUGUUAGGGCCAAAUAUUGGGGAUCAUAGGACCGAUAAUA